AAAGAAAGUCAAACUUGUCAAACAAAUGUCAAGUCUUGAUCGAUGCAAAAUUGCAAAAACAUUUUCAGGAACCACAAAUUUUAGCCAGUAUUACAUUUAAAUAAUAAUAAUCAAUAUUAUUUGCUCACCAAUUUUGUUUCCAAUUGAAAAACUACAUAAUAAAACGGGGUCUAUCAUUUUUACUUAUAGUUACUUUGGAAGAUAACCUAAAACGAAGCUAGCGGUCGCCGAAGUUUAUUAAAGUUACCAUCAUGAAGCUUAUAACACAUAACAUGCUAACAUCGAAGUGUUUGAAGGGAGUAAUGACAGGUUAUCCUUUAGCAAUAAACGCUACUGAUGUGAAAGUGACUGAAGUCGAUUUUAACCCAGAGUUUCUAUCUCGCGUGAUUCCCAAGUUGGAUUGGGAGGUAGUGUGGACGGCUGCCAACAGCAUUGGCCACAGCGAAGGAUUACCGAGGGCACUAGAACCGAAAUUUGAAGAGAAUGAAGAAUUCCUCAAGAAGGCUCAUCGAGUUUUGUUGGAAGUUGAAGUUGAAGAGGGUCACCUUACAUGUCCAGAAUCAGGACGACAAUUCCCCAUUUCAAAAGGCAUCCCAAAUAUGUUGCUAACAGAAGCUGAAGUACAAUAAAUUUGUUUAGUUAGAUAGUGUUUUUAUGAAUUUAAGCUAAGAGUUUUCAGUUGAAACAUCCCUUGUUAAGAAUCCCCAGCUAUGGUAAUAUCAGAAAAAUUAUCCCAGUAUGAAACUAAUAGCCAUUAUUUUUUUGGGGAGAGAGUAGUGGCCUGGCAUUCAGAGCCAAACAUAUUCAGUCAGAAAGGAGAUUUACUCAAAUAAGUAUACCUAAUUGUUUUAUGUUUGAGCAAUUUAUUGAAGAAUUACUGAUCUGUUAAUAAAAACGGAGUUGUUUUGAGUAAUUU